UGCACGGCGCGGAGAGGAUAUCUCUUCAGACAUACAUACAGACUCACCAUGCCCUCCCUGAAGGGUACCGUCGAGGAGUGAAUGGGAAGAGCAAGCAUGUUCUUUUACAAUCACAUGGAGCUUGAGUAACAUGUGAAAUAACUGCAAAUUGUUCGUUUGUUUAUAAGUUAUCGCCGUUUUAGUUCAGUGGGGCAAAGGUGCCCACGCGAAAUACCCUGGGGAACAUAAAUGCUGUUGCGAGGUGGAGGCUGAAAGCCGACGAGGUCCAUCUUGAUGUCUAAGGAUCCAGCUGUGGACAGGAAUAUAUCUGUUAUGAGGACCUCUGAACUACACCUCUGCUAACACUGUGCUCUUUGCAAGGCCUGCAACACCGGACAACUUGUUCUGGAAUAUUACACCAUUCCAACAACCAUUGUGGAUGAAAUAUUUGCCCCAUAAAUAUUACAGCUCUGGCACAGCUUUUGAUCUCACGUCAACCUCGCAUUUGAGCUGAUUAGAAAUCAAAAUCAAAGCAGAAUGGCUAGAGGGACUUUCAACCUGUCUGGACUGGGCUGGGUUUGCUGUGUGUUGCUGCUGACGCCGUUUGGACUGUCCUCUGUCCAGGGUACAGAGUGUCCUCAACUGUGUGUGUGCGAAAUCCGCCCUUGGUUCACCCCGCAGUCCACCUACCGAGAAGCCAUCACCGUCGACUGCAAUGACCUUCGGCUGACUCGGAUCCCUGGCAACCUGUCCAGCGACACACAAGUGCUCCUGCUGCAGAGCAACUACAUCUCCCGGACCAGUGAGGAGCUGGAGCAGCUCUACAACCUGACCGAGCUGGACCUCUCCCAGAACAACUUCAGCAACAUCCGGGACGUGGGCCUCACCAACAUGUCCCAGCUCACCACACUCCACCUGGAGGAGAACCAGAUCGUGGAGAUGCCCGAUUUCUGCCUGCAGGACCUGACGAACCUGCAAGAGCUCUACAUCAACCACAACCAGAUCACCACCAUCUCGCCAAGCGCUUUCUCAGGGCUGCACAACCUGCUUAGGCUCCAUCUCAACUCCAAUAAGCUCAAGGCCAUCGACAAUCGCUGGUUUGAGUCCACACCCAACCUGGAAAUCCUGAUGAUUGGAGAGAAUCCAGUCAUUGGCAUUCUGGAUAUGAACUUUAAGCCCCUUGUUAACUUGCGGAGCUUGGUGCUUGCGGGAAUGGAUUUGACGGAUGUUCCAGGAAAUGCCUUUGUUGGCCUGGGAAACUUGGAAAGUCUUUCAUUUUAUGACAAUAAGCUUGUCAGGGUACCUCAAAAUGCCCUUCAGAAACUCCCCAAUUUGAAGUUUUUGGACUUAAAUAAAAAUCCUGUCCACAAAAUCCAAGAGGGGGAUUUCAAGAACAUGCUGAGGCUGAAGGAGCUUGGUAUAAACAACAUGGCUGAGCUGGUGUCCAUCGACCGCUAUGCUUUGGAUUAUCUCCCAGAGCUGACCAAACUCGAGGCCACCAACAAUCCAAAAUUUUCUUAUGUGAACCGCCAGGCUUUCCGUGAUGUCCCUUCACUGGAGAGCCUCAUGCUGAACAACAACGCCCUCAACUCCCUCUACCAGGCGACUGUGGAGUCCCUCCCCAACCUACGAGAGAUCAGCAUCCAUAGCAACCCUCUGCGCUGUGACUGCGUCAUUCAGUGGAUGAUCUCCAACAAGACGAGCAUCCGCUUCAUGGAGCCCCUGUCCAUGUUCUGCGCCAUGCCCCCGGAGUUCCGCGGUCAACAUGUCAGAGAAGUGCUGCUGCACGACUCUCCUGAACAGUGCCUGCCCAUGAUGUCCCAUGACACCUUCCCCAACCACCUCAACCUGGACAUCGGCAUGACCGUGGAUCUGGACUGCCGUGCCAUGGCCGAACCCGAACCGGAGAUCUACUGGGUCACGCCACUGGGCAACAAGGUGAUGAUGGACACCGUGUCCGAGAAGUACCGCCUCAGCAAUCAGGGGACCCUGCGCAUCUCCAACAUCCAGGUGGAGGACUCUGGCCAUUACACUUGUGUAGCCCAGAACGUGGAAGGUAAGGACACGCGAGUGACUGCACUCCGUGUCAAUGGCACUCUGAUAGACAGCACACAGCUCAUGAAGAUCUACGUCAAACACACCGAGUCCCACUCCAUCCUGGUGUCCUGGAAGGUCAACUCGAACGUCAUGACGUCCAACCUUAAGUGGUCGUCGGCCACCAUGAAAAUCGACAACCCCCACAUCACCUACACCGCCAAGGUUCCUGUGGAUGUGCACGAGUACAACCUGACUCACCUGCAGCCCGCGACCGAGUACGAAGUCUGCCUGUCUGUCUCCAACAUCCACCAGCAGACGCAGAAGUCCUGCGUCAACGUCACCACCAAGCACGCCACGUUCGCAGUGCAGAUCUCUGACCAGGGCACCAACACUGCUCUGGCGGCCGUCAUGGGCACCAUGUUCGCCAUCAUCAGCCUGGCCUCCAUCGCUGUAUAUAUCGCCAAGAGGUGGAAGAGGAAGAACUACCACCACUCCCUGAAAAAAUACAUGCAGAAGACAUCUUCGAUCCCCCUGAAUGAGUUGUACCCUCCCCUAAUCAACUUGUGGGAUGCCGACAAUGACAAGGACAAGGAUGGAUCUUCAGAGAACAAGCCCACCCAGGUUGACACAACAAGAAGCUAUUACAUGUGGUGAAAGUUGAGCGGGAAAAGUUUUUGAGCACAAAGACACAUUUUAAGCUAUUUUGUGCGAAAAACAAAGGUGGAUUUGCUUCUUAUUGCUUUGCUUCUUGCGGGCAAAAAAGAGACUGAACCGUCAGACUUUUUCAGUACAGCGUAUUGCCUUUUUUGUCGUUCUCUCAUCCUUUUGACACAGCUUUGGCAGCUUUGGUUAGCUUCCAUGUUAGUUGCUGUGCUCCUUCGUUUGUUCCACUCAGUUUUUUAUAGCACAGCAUAGUUAAUGUAAAGAAAUGACUUUGGAUCGGCUAGUGCAGUAGCAGUGAAUUUGAUCCAAAAGGCAUUUGUCUUUGGAGAUAUUGAUAAAGAAUGCAAUGUUUCUUUCUUUCUCUCUUUUGUAAAACAGUUAAACUGUUGUGCACUGAACUAUAUAAACAAUUUGUCUAUGGACUCCAAUGUAAGCUGACAAAGUGAAUUUAGACUUGAUACACCGUCUAUUGAAUAAUGUUAGCGAUUGUUCUGUAAUGUUGUAUCAACUAUAAUUUGAACUAUUUUGGACUUAAUCAAAACCAGUAAUUUUUCUUUUUUGCUUUUCUUUAGGAGUUAUAUUUUAAGGUUAAAUUACUGUAAACAAGCAAUAGAAUCAUGAAUGUUUAAAAUUAGGGUUAAGUGCUGUAGAUGACAAUGCUUUUUUAAUUACUCAGAUAAUUCUUUUUUUGCUAGAACUGUCAAUUACCACUUAGUUUUGUUGUGAUUUACACACGCAAAAUAUGUUGUAUAUUAAGGCGAAAACAGAAAUAAAACAAGUUCGUUCUCAUAUUUUUUAUACAACGA